CCCCUCCGACUGAGGCGCAGGCUCAGUUCACGGCUGCUGCGGGACUCUUCACGACUCUUCCGGUUGGUUCAACCAAUUGGAACACAGGGAAGCGAGUAGACCAAGCACACCGGAGGGAGUUCUUUGGGCCACCACCGCCGUACUGCCGCGGCAGGGGCGUGGAGGGCAGGGGCGGCUUGCAAAAAUGGCUCAGAGCAGAGACGGCGGGAAUCCAUUCCCUGACUCCGGCGAGCUUGACAAUCCCUUUCAGGACCCAGCUGUGAUCCAGCACCGACCCAGCCAGCAGUAUGCCACGCUUGACGUCUACAACCCCUUUGAAAACCGAGAGCCCCCACCAGCCUAUGAGCCUCCUGUCCCCGCCCCGGCCCCUCUGCCGCCACCCUCAGCUCCCUCUGUACAGUCCUCAAGAAAGCUCAGUCCCACAGAGCCCAAGAACUACGGUUCCUACAGCACCCAGGCUUCAGCUGCAGCAGCCACCGCCGAACUGCUGAAGAAGCAGGAGGAACUCAACCGGAAGGCAGAGGAGUUGGACCGCCGGGAGCGAGAGCUGCAGCACGUCGCCCUGGGUGGUGCAGGCACUCGACAGAACAACUGGCCUCCCCUACCAUCUUUUUGCCCUGUGCAGCCUUGCUUUUUCCAGGACAUCUCUAUGGAGAUCCCCCAAGAAUUUCAGAAGACAGUGUCCACCAUGUACUACCUCUGGAUGUGCAGCACUCUGGCUCUUCUCCUGAACUUCUUCGCCUGUCUGGCCAGGUUCUGUGUGGACACCAGCAGUGGCUCAGGCUUUGGGCUAUCUAUGCUCUGGCUGCUCCUUUUCACUCCCUGCUCCUUUGUCUGCUGGUACCGCCCGAUGUAUAAGGCUUUCCGGAGUGAUAGUUCAUUCAAUUUCUUCGUUUUUUUCUUCAUUUUUUUCGUCCAGGAUGUGUUCUUUGUCCUCCAGGCCAUUGGUAUCCCAGGGUGGGGCUUCAGUGGCUGGGUGUCUGCGCUCGUGGUGGUGGGAUCCAAACCAGCCGUAGCGGUGCUCAUGCUGCUGGUCGCCCUGCUCUUCACUGGCAUAGCCGUGCUGGGAAUUGUGAUGCUGAAGCGGAUCCACUCCUUGUACCGCCAAACGGGUGCCAGCUUUCAGAAGGCCCAGCAAGAAUUUGCUGCUGGUGUCUUCUCCAACCCUGCCGUUCGAACUGCUGCUGCCAAUGCAGCUGCGGGGGCUGCUGAAAAUGCCUUCAGGGCCCCGUGACCCCUAUUGCACCCAGUGGGAUGCCCUGGCCCUGCCACCUGUGGGAACCAAGAUAGCCCCUAUCCCUGAAGUCUCUGGGAUUCGGGGAGCCAUCACCACCUGGUGACUUCAAUAGGGCUUUUAAUUCCACAGCCAUGACUCUAAACCUGGCUUGAGGUGUGGAGAGCCCACUGUGACGCAGUCAUUAUUUGCCUUUGUCUCCCAUCUGGCCACACUGCUGCCGCCACCUCUCACGUAACCCCAAACCCAGUUUCCUUCUGCUGUGCCAAGGAUGUCUUCCGUUAUUUAAAUUAAAAAAAAAAAAAAAGUGUAACUGGAA